UUCUGGGUACUGUAGUCGUCCCUCCCCGCUGGCCACUCCUCUCCCGGGGCUCCCACUAUCAUUCAAACUUCCAGUCCCAAAAUGCUUCGUGCUCCAGAUCAGGUCGAGCCGAGACGAGGUGAUACGUGAGCAGGUGAGCUUCGCCCUGACAAACACGCUCCGUAAUAGUGGUCUGAUCUCCUUUUUCCUGCCAACAAGAAGCAAAAUAAACACCUGCUGCUGACGAUGAAAACAUGGCCGCUGGACGCGCUAUGUCCUUUAGGCGUGUUGGAAGCCUCAUGCGGAGUAAAUCUGAAGGCACACUAAUUGAUCUGAAUGACACUGCAUCUACUAGUGAUCAUUUAAACGGCGAGCAUGCAUCAGGAAGGGCUCAGACGUCAGAAUGGCAACUUUUACGUCCGCAGCUUUCAGACUCAUCCGAAACAAAAAGCCCAAACCCCUUCUGGAACAAACUAUCUGGAUCUAAUCCUUUCCUUAAUGAAAUCAUACAUAACAAUUUAGACAAGUGUGAAUCCAACACUUCAGAUGCACAACAAGAAGAAACUGCAGAUCUAGACACAAAGAACGAGGAUGCCUUCAGCACUUCUUCAGACGAUGACAAUGUGGGGAAGUUUUUGGAGAACAAACAUAAAGUGAGUAAUCAAUCUGGGAGAUGGAGGAGUGCAUCAGAUAUCCUGGAAAAUUUGGAAAGAAAAGAGCCCAAAUGUAAGAGUGACUACAAACCCCCUGGAGCUGUGCUGAACCCAGACUUUGAGUGGCUAAAGAAUGACCGAGAGGCUUAUAAGAUGGCCUGGCUGAGCCACAGACAGCUAACUAGAUCGUGUCUGGACUUAAACGUGAUUAGCCAGAGUCCUGGAUGGUCUCAGACCCAGGCCACUAACUUUCAAGUCAUCAGCAAGAUUGACCACAAUGGGGGUUCAGUUCAGUUACCAGAGUCUAAAAUCAGCAUCCAUGUUCCACAAGGACACGUUCCCCCUGGAGAAAUCCAAGAAGUUACACUGAAAGCCAUGUUGGACCCUCCCCCUGGACUCAACAACAACUACAUGACGACCAUGAGUCCACUUCUUGAGGUGCUUCUGAGCAAUAUUAACACUAAGGAGUGCUUGUCAGUGGAGAUCAAACUCUCUGGAGAGGUCAAGACGGACCCUGAGAGUCAAGUGAUGACCACCGUCAGUGGAUUAGUGUCCAAUAAAAGAGGAGGACCAUAUGCUAAAAUAAACAACUGUGAGAUUCACAAGAACAUGAUGCAGAUGAAACUCCUGGACUUGAAGACUCGCUUUUUUGUGAUUGCCAUUGCAGAGACGUCCAAGCUGCCAUCCCCUACCAUGUCAGUGUGGGAUUACCUUGAUCGUCAAAUCACUGUCGCUGUCUACGGCCCUAGGUACAUCCAUCCAUCAUUCAAGGUUGUGAUAGUUGUCUGCUGUCAUGAAGAGGUUCCACCAAAACUUCCCUUUUCAGAUAUCUGCAGAGGCAACAAAACCCUGCCCCCUCUCAUACUGCAACUUUGGGGGAAACACUCCUUUAAACCCAGUCCGUUAAAGGACUUUUCUCUUAGGGUUGGCAUCAAAGGGUCAAUGUUUAAAAUCAAACCUGAAGACGAGGUGAAACAAGUGAGGCAGAGUCAGCUGAAGAUAGGGACUGUUUUACACUUACCAGUCACAUUAACUUGUCCUAGCAUCGCAGACGUGGUUCCUUUUGUGUUGGGCAUAGAUGUGAAGGAGUCAAACUCCUCUUCAGCCACUUUUCACGUGCCUUCCCCUCCAGCUGCCCCUAUCCGAUCUGAGAAGAGGUUGCCUAGACAUGCAGAGAGAAAGGUUGAACUGUUAAAAACUGUGUCUAUCCCAGAGGAACCCAGUCCAGAUCUACCCAAAUUCACAAACCUACCCAUAAACGUGCAGUGUUAUGGAGUAGCGUUGAAGCCAGUUAUUCGCCAGACUCGUGUUGAUUACCUGUUGGAAUACUUCAAAGGUGAUACGGUGGCACUCCUUUCCAAAGAGACAGUCAAGUCAGUUGGCAAUCUGAAGGUCAAAGAGUGGUAUAUUGGAUUCCUCAGAGGCAAGAUAGGCUUGGUUCACCACAAAAAUAUCAAACUCAUAACCAAGGAUCAGGUGAUUGACUUCACCGGUGUUAAAAUCACCACUGAGAACCUCCUGGGCAACAUGACUCUGCCCUUCAGGAAGUUCACGUACAUGUACUCUGCCAUCCAGACUCUGGUCACAGAACACAUCACAAGCUGGAGACAUUUUGCAAAUGCUUUAGGGUACGAAGACCAGCCUCUGGACACGAUUACACGACGACAAGCUGAAACUGAGGCUGAUAAGGUGGCCUGUGUUCUGGAAAAGCUGAAGGAAGACUGCCAUACUGAUAGGUACAGGAGAAAGUUCCUGCAUGAAUUAAUGCUGGGGCUGCUGAAGAUGGACUCUGUUAAUCUUGUGGCAAAGGUCAUUCAGAAUACAGUCAUUCUGUCGGCUGCUGUGGAGCUGGGGAUCCGAUGGCGGGAGCUUGCUGAGAAGAUGGGAAAGCUGUCCAGCACUCACAUAGCUGAUUAUGAGGCACCGCAUCGGGGGACUAAUGGUGAAGUGUGCUCUCAGUCCAUGUGGAAGCCUGCGUAUGACUUCCUUUACUCCUGGAGUCUUCCAUAUGGAGAUGGCUACAGGGACAUGAUCCAGGAUCUGCACCUGGCCCUGGAUAAGAUGAAAAACCCCGUCACCAAACAGUGGAGGCACCUUACUGGGGCACUCAUCACAGUGAACUGUCUGGAUGUCUUUCGAGACUCUGCGUUUCCAAAACCCUAGACCUAUGUCUUUGAUGACCUUGUUCCCCAUUUACUAUUUUUGCAUAAUUUGGUUGAUUAAAAAAUAAAUGAUGCCUAAUGAACGUGGUACUUUUCCCUUUUUAUCUUAAGAAACUUACUAAAGUGACAGAAAGUGACGCGUGUCGACAGUGUUGGCUGACUGCAUUUGUGAAAUCUUUGUUUGUUUGUGUUUAGUCAAAGCUAAUGUUACAUGAAGCUUCUGGAAAGGACACAAGCUGUGUGUAACCCAUGUGUGUUAAGUUGUUACUCUUUUAUAUGUUAGUGCAAUUUUUUUUUCUAUUUUGUAAAAUGUAUGACUUAAUUUAAUAAAAACUCAGUUUAAUCAUUUUA